GUAGGAUGUGAGCGCGUUAGCGCUGUCUGGCCCCGCCCGGGAGGAGUGACUUCAGACCGGAGCUCGAGCUCUCCAGCGUCCUUCACUUCACGCGCCACACAUCAGCGCACUUUCCCGCGAUUCACGUUUGGAAUAUAACGGCGUUCGGCGCGCGGUUCAGGAUGAAGGGUGGAGGUUUGGCAGGGAGCUGCAGCCCCUGCUAGAUUCACCGUCUCUGCUUCAUCACCACCACCAUCAUCAUCAUCAGCGCGCUCCAGCUUCCUCCCCGCUCCGGCCGCCUGCCGCCCAUCAUGGCCAAUCACCUGGAGCUGCUGACGGAGCUGCAGCAGCUGGAUAAGGUGCCCAGUCUGGAACGCCUUCGGGCCGCGCAGAAGCGCCGCACGCAGCAGCUCAAGCGAUGGGCCGUCUACGAGAAGGAAAUGCAGAACAAGAAGCGCAAGGCCGACAAACGCCGCGGCCACGGGAACCUGCUGGAGAACCGCAAGCGGGUUUCGUUUUCGGCGAGCGUCGCCCUGCUCGAGGCCUCGGCGAGGAACGAUCCGGAUGAAGUGCGAUAUCUACUGAAGAACAACUUGAGUCCUGAUCUGUGUAACGAAGACGGACUGACGGCUCUACACCAGUGCUGCAUUGAUAACUAUGAGGAUAUGGUGCGGAUCCUGUUGGCUCACGGAGCGACUGUCAACGCUCAGGACAAUGAGCUCUGGACGCCACUUCAUGCUGCAGCGACGUGUGGACACACAGGCCUUGUCAAGAUCCUCAUCCAGCACGGCGCUGAUCUCUUAGCAGUGAAUUCAGACGGUAACAUGCCCUAUGACCUCUGUGAGGACGACCCCACGCUCGACAUCAUCGAGACCGCCAUGGCCAACCGAGGAAUCACACAGGAGAUGAUCAAUGAGACGAGAGCAGCGGUGGAGAGGAAGAUGCUGGGAGAUAUUCAGAACCUCCUGCAGGACGGAGCCGACAUCAACCAACAUGACUCCCAGGGGGCCACACUGCUGCACAUCACAGCGGCGAACGGUUACGCACAGGCUGCAGAGAUGCUGUUAGAGGGCGGAGCCAGAACGGACAUGAGGGAUUCUGACGGGUGGACGCCGUUACACGCUGCAGCAUGCUGGGGACAGGUCCAUGUGGCCGAGCUGCUGGUUUCUCACGGUGCCAAUCUAAACGCCAAGACGUACAUGGAGGAGACGCCCAUAGAUCUGUGUGAGGAUGAGGAGUUCAGGAAUCAUCUGCUGGAGUUGAAGCACAAACACGACAUCAUCAUGAAAUCACAGCUGAAGCACAAGACGUCACUGUGCCGCCGAACCAGCAGCGCCGGCAGCCGCGGGAAAGUGGUGCGGAGGGCCAGUCUGUCCGACAGACACAAUCUCUGCAGGAAGGAGUAUCAGACCGAAGCCAUCGUAUGGAGAGGAGGACGAGAAGAAGAGGAGCGAGAGCGAGAGUCUGACCAGGAAAACAGCCAUUCGACGCAGCCUAACGAUGCUCCUCGAUCACCCGGGAUCUUGAAGGACGGCAGGCGACAGAACGGCACCAUCUCCAGCGCUCCAGCACCGACCGCUUCUAACGGUGACCCUGUGACCCCUGACCACCGUGACCCUGACCCCUCACCCUCCGUCGAGGAGCCCAAGUCCAAAGAUCGGCCACAGACGCUGUCCGAACUCAAGAAGCAGCGCGCCGCCGCCAAACUCCUCACCCAGCCCGUCCUCAACGGCCACCUGGGAAACGGCUCCACCAAAGCCAGUCCCGAAGAUCCGCGCAUGCCGCUCGUCUCGUCCAACGGCAGCGCGGUCUACUUCACGCCGGCCAGCGGAGACCCGCCCCUGCUGAGGUUCAAGCAGCCGAUAGAAGACGAUGAUCCCAAGACUCACAGCUGCUGCUGCGUCUCUUAAAUUCCGAGCGUCUGAUUGGUCGAAGCCCGUUAGUGCUUUUAUUUCUCAUUCCGAUCCUGGAAGUUUGAAGAGGCGUUUAGGAGAGUCCGAUGACCCCUCUUUGAACCCUGCGCAGGAACACGAACUUCUCAACGGAGGAAGGAAAUGAUCUCAUUCAGGCUUCCAGGUUAAAUGUUUGACUUGUGCUUCUCUUUUUCACUUCCAGCCGCCGACCGAACAACAGUGACGAUUCAUUCCACCUGUAUAAUGUGCGAUUGUGCAGAUCUUCACGUUCGUGGUGUUGUACAGACAGACAGACGUGUUCCUGUGGGCGGCCGCCGCUCUCCUGUACAGUAUUUAUUUGUAUAUGUGCAUAGAGUCACUCUUCUAUAAGAUUAUUUAUUGUAUUCCAGAGAGAUGAAGUGACGGAUGCAGCACAAACCAGUUCGGGACGCGUCAGUAUUUUUCUACGACAGUGUUAUGAGGACCAGAUGAAGUAUUCGAGCGCAUCUCACGCCCAACUCACAUUUCACACUCAAAUCACAACAACUGCAUAGCCUGUGAUAUUUUGUUGCAUGGUGAUUUUCACAAUAUUUUAACUCCAAAAGCUGCAGAACGACUGUAAUUUCAUUUAAAUCAGCAGCACAAUAAAUACUAACAUGAUGCAAAAAUGCUAAAUAAUUGAAAUAACUUAUCAGCUUAAAUAUAUCAUUACUUUUUCAAUUUCACAGACAUUUCUAGUGAGAUUAUGUGAAACACUUACUCUUAUGAAAAUAUCACAGUGCAAAACAAAAAAAAUCCCCAAGUUCAUUUGAUGUGAAAUA